AAUAUUCCAAAAACAUUCUUUAUCCCGUCCCUCCUCAAAUUUUCCGGCCCAUGGGCUCAGCCAGAACCGGUGACGGUGUAGCCCAGGCCCAGCCCAAGCCCGAAACCUACGCUCCUGAGUUUCUGUUUUUCGUCCCUUGCAUCACUUCGAUACAGUUUCUGUCUCUUUCAGCUGCUACGGUCUCUGAACCUCCGUUGACGCUUGUAAAAACCUUCAGCAGGCUUCGUCUCACAGAACAACCCAAGUAACACUAUAAACCCUUUUCAUCAAUUCUUGUGGAGAAAAUGACACAUGAAAAUGCAAUAGGCAUUGAGAUAGAUUAUGAAUAUGAUGAUUGCAAUAAUUCCAAGCGCCCAAAAAUGACUUCUAAAGUAUGGGAAGAAAUGCAGCGAAUUCAAACCACCGAAGGCAGUAAAGUUCUGUGCAGACACUGUGGAAAACUGUUGCAAGAUAACUGUGGGACUUCUCAUUUAAAGCGUCAUUUAGUGAUCUGCCCUAAGCGUCCUAAACGUCUGGAUGCUAUUACUCGAGAUUCAAUGGCAUCAGGGUGUUUUAGAGGCCCCAGUAGUGCUAGAGAAUCUGGAUUAAACACAGUGCUUAUGGUUCGUCCAUUGAAGAUCGAGCCUGAAUCUCAAGUCCCAUGCUUUUUUCCGACUUCAAAUAAUCGAGUUCCAACUAUUGCAUCCACUGAAAAUGUUUCCAAUUCCAUUCAAGAAUUACAUGCAAAAACUAGUUCCCCUCUUAUGCUGUCUACCAUUGAAUCUCCCAAGAAUCAGGGGGAACUCACUCUGGAUGACGUAGAAAUGAAAGCAUUUUAUGCUUCUCUUGAUGCAGAGACCUCGAUUAUGUCUCCUUCUCAAGAUACCACAGUCGUUACUGAAUUAUCCAACUCCACACCCUCUGAAGAGACCAAGAAGGCAUUGAAAACUCUGCAAGACCUUCUUUCCAAAGACUUCACUGAUCUAUUGCAUACUGGACAAUCUGGUACCAUCAAAUCCUCCAUAGAACAUCUUGCCAAGUUAUCUGCAGACGAUGGAAUCUCUGCAGAAAUGAGGUUGUUGAUAUUAGAAGUUUCUAGAGAAUUCACUCGCUGGAGUUGUGACUACAAUGAUGCUAAUAGGAAAAUAGAAUCCGCCAACGCCAACAUCAUGAAAGCAGAUAAACUUGAAGAAAAUCUUGAAGCUAACAAGAAGGAGUUCAAGGAGGUUUCGUCCUUAGAGAAUGAAUUAAGCAACCAGUUAUCCUGUUUGGAGAAAAGGAAGAAAGAGCUAGAGGAGCAAAUAAAUGCAAUUAAAGCUAACAUUUCUGUUUUUCAAUCAGCUAAGGUAACAAGUACAAAGAGAAAAAGGGAAGCUUUUGAAGAAGCAAAGAUUCUUAAAGCUCAAAGAGAUGAGUUGAAGGAACAAGUGCCUCACUUGAAAAAUGAGUUGGAAGUGGCCAAGAAGAACCAAGCACAUAUUCGAGCUGAAUGGUCAAAGCUUGGAGAAAAAUUUAACAAAAGCUUGAAUGGGAUGAAUCAUGAGGAGAAAUUGGAUGGUAAAUCCAUGCAGGAAAAUUCCAUUUAAAAAACCGAGUUUCGAUGUCAAUACCUUCAUACCAACUCCAUGAUGAGCUAAAACUUAGCUCUGAUAUUCGUUAUACAUCUGGUGAAAAAUGAAACAUUUCUAUCAUUGAUUUCAAUUUCAUGAUCUUAUCUAUAACAAAGCACAUUAUUUUGUUGGAC